AUGGUCGGCGUUGCAGGAAGAUCCAAGGGUUGUCGGACAUGUCGGCAGCGGAAGAAGGGUUGUGAUCUCCAACAGCCAAUCUGCGGCAACUGCUCAAGGCUUAACAUCACAUGUGAAUAUGACCGACGACAGGUCUUCAUCAACGUAACGGGGCCGGGGAAGGCUGGACGGACAACAUUCAAGCCGUCUUGUACCGAUGUAGUGCUCCCACAUUCGCUGGCUCGCUCUGCGUAUGAGGACAAAUACAUCAGCCUCCUGUGGGAUGCCUGGUCCCCAUGUGGAACUCCUUCCGCCGAAAUAUCUGCCAACUACCCUGUCUACAGCUGGGUCUCUUCGGCUAGGGACCUUUACCACGAUGACGAUGGGCUGCGUCGAACCUUGAUUGCCAUGUCCUUGAGCACUCUAGGACAAAAGGAUGGCCAGGCAUAUUCCACUGCGAAGGGGUUCCAGACGUACGUUCAGGCUUUGAGUGAGGUGAAUCUUCUAUACGGAACGCAGGAGCGCGUCCAGGCCGACGGAUCUCAGGUGAAAAGCUGGCAUAACCACAACUUGGGUGAGCUAGCUCUUAUCCAACAAAGAGGCCCCAAGUCGUUUAUUGAAGGCCACGCACACCAUAUCUUCUCGGGAGUAAGAAUGCACCUCGCCAUAGCUGGGUGCAUGAGCAGAAAGAGAAGCUUCCUUAGCGACAUGGCAUGGAAGACAGUUCCGUGGGCCAAAAUCCCAAAGACCCCAAAGGACGUCAUGCUAGACAUUCUCACCGACGUCCCAGCUUUACUCGAGGAAGUCGACAUUUUGAAAAGCAACCCAAGCGGCUACAAUUGUCAGCGCUUCAUGAAGACAUACCAGCGUCUGGACCGGGAGAUUGUAUGGUGGCUCGAAAAUCUCAGCCCGCCCACCGACAUCCUCCACGAUUUACACGAGCGGAAAUACAAAAACCCCACAGCCGACGAACUCGCCGUCGCCCACGUCAUGACAUGCUCCUGGACUGUCUGUAUUUUAGUCUACAGCUCACUUCACGCAGUGCUGAGUAGCACCUUCAAUUUACCAGGUAUCGAGGUGAUGGAGCUGGCAGAGCGGACAAACCCGCGGCCAUACUGUCUCUUGAUCGCUGACACCGUUGAGGUCUUCUUCCAACCCGAAGCUGGAACCUUUGGAAUGCACGCAGCCCCGUUUCCCAUCGGCAUGGCCAUCAAGUAUCUAAUGCUCACCGAAGGCUUCUCCUCCAAAGACUGCAUGAGACUCAUAGGAUACUUCAGUAGGCAAAGUGGUGGUGCUGCUAUGGGUAGUUUCUUGGCAAACACACUCUUUGUAUGGAACUAG